UAUAAUUAGGCUGGCGGCCAAGAUAGAUGCCAUUUGCUUAUUGUGAUUUGGUCAGGCUGUGUGAAAGUUGUGUUUGUACGAAAUGAGGAUAUUUUUGAUAUUUUUUUCUGCGGCCAUAAUAAUUGCAUUAGCCGAUGCCCAACGAAAGCCUAACAUCACCAAACCGGUCGUGAACCUCGAGAAACGACCACGUACUCCAAUAUGGCACCGACCUGCCGAGGAGAGAAGAAAACUAUCAAUUUUCCCAAGAAACAACUUAAAGUUUGUGGUCACCCCCAAACCCGUGAAGGACGAGCCAAAGGAGUCACCAACUCAAAGGCCGCUAAUGAGAAAAUUUAUAAUGCAGGACAAGAACGGGGAAGGAACAUGGUCAUUCGCACCAAGAAAGCCUCUCAUGAAGACACAGAGAUUCACUGUGACUGUGGCACCGCCAAAAACUAGCAACCAAAAAGCCAUUGACCAUAUGGAAUCUGAAGAAUCAAAAAAGGUUCCAAUUGUGAUUAGUAAUAUAAACACUAAGCCAGAAUCAAGUAAACACCAUAAUAUAAACAAAGGAAAUCUAAUUGAAUCGGCGGAAAUAAGAAAGGACCAUUCAGCAUCUAAAAACUUACAUAAAGUUGAACAAAAUAUUACUAAGGAAGUCAUUCUACAAACGGCAAAGACAAAUGAAACACAAACAACCCAAAUAGUUCAAAAGAACGAUACUAAGCCUCGACCAACAUUUGGUGAAGACUUAAUCGAUGUACGAAGUUUCAACGAUGACGAUGUUGUUUUGGAUACAAACGAAACUAAAAACAAGGAUCAAAUUGAGUAUGAGUCUCUUAAUAAAACAACUGAUACGCUUAAAACAGAGGAAGAUACAGUUGAAAGCAGAGCAGUUGAUUUAAAUGAAAUUAAAUAUCCAAUUGACCAUGACAAUAAUUCACUAAACAUGCACAGUGAAGGAUCUGACAAUCACAAAGCAGGACAGAUUUUGAACUUCAAUGACCUUGAAAUCAUGUUAGAAAAAAUUGUAAAUAUAACUGAACAGUCAAAUAUUAGCUCAACAUCAGACUUGAAAGACAAUGGUGCUUUCGUCAUAUUAAAUAACGAAACCAGUAUAGAUGAAAUACCUCAGUUUGAUGUCACAAAACCAAACGAUUUUUAUGAUGUUAUAACUCUUAGCACUGAUGAUAAAGAAAAUAUUCAGGGUUCCUUUAAUAAGACGAAUGAAAAAAUGCCCCUUGCAAGCGAGACCAAUGUAUUAAAUGGAAAAGAUAUCAAUGAACAUGUAGCGGAGACUUGGAUUGUGGGUAGCUUGGAAAACCAAAUAAAUAUUAUCGAGAACGACACAGCUGCUAAUAGUGAAAUGUAUCAAGAACAAAAAGAAAGUGCAGGUUUAAAAGUGCAAGAAUUUAAAAUAAAUACUGAUAAUGCUUCAAAAUAUACCACUGAAGAACUUACAAAAGAUAAUAAAAACAAUUCGGAUACCUCGAAUGCGCUGAAUCUUUCACUUGAAAUAUAUGAAUCUAACAUGCCUUUGAGUAUAGAAGAAAUUUCAAGUGAUUGCGACGAAAAUAAUUGUAACGAGUCUACGCCAGGCAAACUAAACUUAACAAUCGAAGAAACCUCUAAUGAAGAAUUAAUUGAUAAUUUGUCUUUCGGCGAAAUUUCAAACAAAUCGACCAGCGAUGCGUCCAACGAUUACGCAGAAGAGCGUUCUAAUGAGUCAUUCAUGAAUAAACCUGUCAUCUUACGUAAUGAACCUAUCUCAAAUGAAUCGUCUUUUAAUACGGCAGGCGAAGAGUUAUCUAAUGAGUUGAACGCUGAUAAAUCUAAUAAUUUAACUGAAGAAAUUAUAAGUGAAUCUUUAGUAGAAUCGUCUGAUAAUUUCACUGGAGAGCAAUUCUCAAAUGAGUCAUCUUCAAAUAUGGCUGGAGAAGAGUUCUCAAAUGAAUUUCUCGCAGAUAAAUCUAUAAAUUUUGAAGGGAUUUCAAGCGAUUCCAUGAUUGAAAACUCCAACAGUUUUUCCGGUGAACAAAUCUCAAAUGAAUCAUCAAACAUAACCGAGGAAGAGACAUCCAACGAGUCUUAUUUGAUUGAUGAUAUUACAAAUGAAAGCAUUGAAACCUCUGAAAAUAUAACAGAAGAGGAAUCUUCAAAUGAAUCAUCAUUAAAUACAGCAAGCGAAGAAAUAUCAAAUGAGUUCAUUGAGAAUUUUUCAAAUGAAAGUAUCGAAACAUCUUAUAAUUUAACUGCAGUGCCACAGGAAUUGUCGACUGACAAUUCGGACAAUGUUGCUGAUGAAAGGAUACCUGACGAGAUAGUGGCUAGUGAGCAACGAACGAGCACAGAAGAAAUUGCGGAGGAGGCGUUGAUAAAUAGAUUUAAAAGGAGCAAUAAUAUAAUUGAAGAAGAAAUCUUACCGACAACCGCCAGUGGGUUCAAAUACACGGGCCACGAAAUCACACUAAAUCACGAUUUGAGUUACAAGAACAUCAACGCCUGAAAAAAAGCGCAGAGCAAUUUUUCAACAGUGUAAAUAUAUGAAUAGUAGGAGUUGUUUUUGUUUAGGGUGAAUAUACCUAAUGUAUGCGUAGGCCGCUCAAAAAUUUUCAAAUACCUAAUACAUACUAGUAUCUUAUAGGCUUAUAUGUCACAUGCCUAAUUAUAAUUACGUUCUAAUUACUUAAUUACGUUAUCAAUGUUGCAGUUCAUUGUAGUAAGGGAUGGCAAAUCACUUACCCAAAAUU